GUAACAUUUCCGCUUCCGGUAGCGCAGUAUCCUUCUCGGGCAGGAGAAAUGUUGUCCCGGUUGUCACGGUUGAGGCUCGCGUCGCCUCGGACUGUUUCUGUCCUUUCGACCCGCUUCGUGUCGCAGUCCAAAGCGGACAGCGCCGUCUCCUCCACGGCGGUCACGGAGCUGUUCGAGCCCGUGGAUCAGACCGGACGCGGCGAGGUCAACCCGUUCGCCAAGAAUCCAGACUUCCAUGGCUUCUCCACCGAUCCUGCAGAGGAUGUGAGAAACAUGAGGGUGGGCUUCUUCUUUGGCAUCUCUGUGGCUCUCGUUAUCGGCGGAACCUUUGUCCACUAUUUACCAGACCAGGGGAUGCGAAAGUGGGCCAGACGGGAAGCAGAACGGCUCAUUCAGCUCAGGGAGAAAGACGGUCUGCCGCUCAUCGAGGAGAACUACUACGACGCCAGCAAAAUCAUCCUGCCCUCCUCCAGUGAGGACUGACCCCUCCUGCACUGUCCCACUCUAUUUCAUGGUUGUAAAUCACUGAUUAAAUAAACUCUGCUCUUAUUGGA